GACCGCUUGGGGCCCGCCUCCCGGGCGGUCUAGGCUAGGUCUGGGCCGCCUGAGACUUCGUCACCUGGAGAGCCGAGUCCCAUGGCGCUGCAGGGUAUCCGGGUGUUGGAGCUGGCCGGCCUGGCCCCAGGUCCGUUCUGCGGUAUGGUCCUCGCGGACUUCGGGGCCCAGGUGGUGCGUGUGGACCGGCCGGGCGCCAGAGGGGACGUCAGCUUCAUGGCACGGGGCAAGCGCUCGCUGGCGGUGAACCUGAAGCGGCCGGAUGGGGUAUUGGUGCUGAGGCGCCUGUGCGCCCAGGCGGAUGUGGUGCUGGAGCCCUUCCGCCACGGUGUUAUGGAAAAACUCCAGCUAGGCCCGGAGAUUCUGCAGAGGGAGAAUCCAAAGCUCAUCUAUGCCAGGUUGAGUGGAUUUGGCCAGUCAGGAAGAUUCUGCAGGGUAGCAGGCCAUGACAUCAACUAUUUGGCUUUGGCAGGUAUUCUGUCAAAGAUUGGCAGAAGUGGUGAGAAUCCAUAUGCACCGCUGAAUCUCCUGGCUGACUUUGGUGGUGGUGGCCUCAUAUGCACACUGGGCAUCUUGUUGGCUCUUUUUCAACGCACACGCUCUGGCAAAGGUCAGGUCAUUGAUGCCAGCAUGGUGGAAGGAACGGCAUACCUAAGUUCUUUUCUGUGGAAAUCUCAACAAGUAGGACUGUGGGAACGACCUCGAGGACAGAACAUGCUAGAUGGUGGAGCACCUUUCUACACAACCUACAGGACAGCAGAUGGGGGCUUCAUGGCUGUGGGAGCAAUAGAACCCCAGUUCUACAAGCUGCUAAUCAAAGGACUUGGACUAAAGUCUGAUGAGCUUCCUAAUCAAAUGAGCGUGACUGAUUGGCCAGAAAUGAAGAGGAGGUUCGCAGAGGUAUUUGCAAAGAAGACCAAAGAAGAGUGGUGUCAGAUCUUCGAUGGCACAGAUGCGUGUGUGACUCCAGUUCUGACGUUUGAAGAGGUCACCCAGCAUGAUCAUAACAAAGAACGAGGCUCAUUUAUCACUGAUGAGGAGCAGAGUGUGAGUCCCCGCCCUGCACCUCUGCUGUCAGACACCCCCGCUCUCCCUUCUUCCAAGAGGGAUCCUUUUGUAGGAGAACAUACUGAAGAGAUACUUCAAGAGUUUGGGUUCAGUCAGGUAGAGAUCAAUCAGCUUACCUCAGAUAAAAUCAUUGAAAUUAAUAAGCCACGAGCUAAUCUCUAAAUUCCAGGCCUCACAGCUCAAGUGAAUUGAAUAUUACAUGUUCAGUGUGGGAUAAUACAUAAAAUUGUGUGCACAGAAACACGAAGGAACAUCAUCCUGGUAGACCAGCUGUUCUAAUCAAGAAACAAGACUGUGAGUACACAGUAAUGAUUGAAUUCUGAAAAUGGUUAACAUGAUUAUUGAUUUAGGAAUGUUUUUAGUUUACUAAUAUUAAAUUGUGGCAGUUUUUCUGCUUUUCAAUUUACUUGAUAGAUUAUAUUUUUAAUAUUAAGAUAUGAAUAAUAUACUUUCAAUGGAUGAAUAUAAUGGUUUUUAUUAAAUAAAGCCUUUCCCCCCUAAAGUUUACUUCUGCUUUUAAGUUUCUGAAAAGUUUUCAAGAAAGUCCUUGAAAUAGCACUUAAAAAGCAAUUUGUGACUCAUUUAAAUAACGUUGGCUCUACUAUUUACCAAAAUGAAGUCCUUAGAAAAGUCUGAUCCUUUUAAUGUGGUAAGAAAAUCUUUCAGCCAGCCUCUUUGAAUUGUAAUUUUAGAAAACGUUCUUGAUGUUUCCUUCAGAUAACCCCCACUGUCCAGCUAGACCACAGGACUAGAGCCCGGCUCUGUGUGGCUGCCUCUUAGCAUCACCUACCAUGUCUCUUAGUAAAUUGCCACCAUCAGACAAUCCUGCUAGACUCUUCCUCCUCUUACAGGUUUCUGGCCUCAAUUCCCAUCACAUCUGCCUCUGCCCCCAGUGUGCCCAUGGCUUACCCCUCACUUCAUUCAGGCCACUGCCCAAAUGUCACCUUAGGGAGUACCCUUUCCUGACCCCUCCCUAAAAUGGCAGCCACUUUAUCACUUUCUUUCCCCUCUCCCGUUUCAUUUUUCUUCACCUCGUGUAUUAUUACUGACAUUAUACUGAUUAACCCCAGCCCUCUUAACCAACUAUCUCUUAACCAGUGCACACUAGAAUGGAAGCUUUAGGAAGGGCUUUAUAGGUUUUGUUCACUGUUAAAUCCUCACUUCCUAGAUCAGUGCCUGGCUCAUAGUGGAAACUUUGUAAAUAUUUAUUAAAGAAGUGAAUCUCAAUAGUGAA